UCCGCCCAAACUGUCUCAAAGAAGAGUCUAGCCGUGUAGAAUCUGCCUUAAGACCUGCAUAAGAAUGGAUCGAUAAACCUUUUCAGAAACUUGACCAUCUGCUUUUCUCCUCCCAGUGGAUUUUGAUCUAGUAACACGUAAGCACUAAAUACAGACUGAGACAUAACUGCUAGGGUUGAACAUGGGGACAGAUUUAGCCUACAACUUUGUCUUCAAAGUGGUUUUAAUUGGGGAAUCAGGGGUUGGAAAGAGCAACCUACUGUCAAGAUUUACCAAAAACGAGUUCAAUCAUGACAGCCGUACAACCAUUGGGGUGGAAUUCAGCACUCGCUCCAUUCAAGUGGAUAGCAUUACCAUCAAGGCCCAGAUCUGGGACACUGCAGGUCUAGAGCGCUACAGGGCGAUUACCUCAGCGUAUUACAGGGGAGCCGUGGGUGCGCUGCUGGUUUAUGACAUCACCAAACACCUGACGUAUGAGAACGUCGAGCGAUGGCUGAAGGAACUGUAUGACCACGCUGAUCCUCAUAUAGUAGUCAUGCUUGUGGGAAAUAAAAGUGACCUGGGAAAUGUACGCACUGUGCCAACAGAGGAGGCUAAGGUCUUUGCAGAGUCCAAAGGUUUGCUUUUUAUGGAGACCUCCACAUUAGAGUCAACUAAUGUUGAAUCUGCCUUUCUUGAAGUUCUAACAGAAAUACACAAGAAGGUUGCUAGUAAAGAGGUCACCAGAGGUUCGAUCAGCGCAGUGACUCUGGGUCAAGCUCUGGGCCCCUCCAGAGAGUUUAAUGAGGAGAGACGGUCCUGCUGUAAAAGCUCCUGAACAGAUGAAUAAACAUCCAGACAAAGGCAUCAAGAGCAAAACAAAGACAUUUACCUGUGCCAUGGAUCCCAUCGUACCCUGCACGGAGGCAUUUCUUCAUUCUUGACCCUCACUGGAAGUCUUAUCAGUGAGCAAAAUAAAGAGGGGACCAGCGUUUUUUAGCAUUAUUGUUUUGUUGCUUGUUUUUUACUUUUAAAAGAUGUAAACAAUUGGAACUGAAAAUGUAAGAUUAAGAUAAUUAUGACAUGAAUGUAAAUUACUUUGGAUGAAACACAAACGGUUGUGCUGUAUUAUAAAGCUAUUUAUAUGGUGUGAAAUUAACAAAAUUUCUAUUUCAGUACAGACUUCGGUUCUAUAAAUUAUAGAUAAAAAUAUAAACUCCUCACUCUUUACAAGACUCACAAGAUUUCUCAUGGAAGGAAUCUAUGGUUUAUGGAUUGUUUAUAUAUUUGCAUAAAAAUUUUCUUCAUUUAUUUUCCAAAA